UACCCUUGGCAGCGAUACUGCGCACGCCGAUCACCGUGCAUUGAGACAGCUCAGACUCUGGACGGUUGGGGACAACGUCAGGAACUAUGGUUCCUUGAACAGCCAGACACGAGGGGAGCUGAUGUUAUUGCAAUGACGCUGGUGAGGCGAAUAAAGACAGUUGUCAGGAGAAGAAUACCAAUUGUACGAUGGCUGCCGCGCUACUCCAAGAUGACGGCUGUGUCGGAUGCAGUGGCCGGCAUCACAGUUGGACUUACUAUGAUGCCGCAGAGCAUCGCCUAUGCAUCUCUAGCUGGUCUCUCCAGUGAGUAUGGCCUGUACUCUGCCUUCAUGGGAAGUUUCGUCUAUGUCAUGUUUGGAACUGUGAGAGAAGUUUCCAUUGGUCCAACAUCACUCAUGGCACUGCUGACUUUUUCCUACACUCAGGAUCUUCCCAUAGAAUUUGUCACUCUUCUUGCUUUCUUAGCAGGCUGUGUGGAGCUGCUCAUGGGACUUUUGAAUUUGGGUUUCCUUGUGGGAUUCAUUUCAGCACCUGUUAUGUCUGGAUUCACAUCAGCAACAUCUGUAAUAAUAAUUGUUGCACAGAUAAAAGGUAUCAUGGGAGUGAGAUUCAAAUCACAAAACUUUAUUGACAACCUUAGGCAGCUGUAUUUACACCUGCCACAAACGAAUCCUUAUGACUGUCUGGUUGGAAUAUCAUGCAUCAUAUUUCUUCUUUUAUUAAGGAAACUGAAGGAUGUGAAAGUUGGUCCAGAUAAUGUUGAACACCAGACUCCAUCUCAGAGAAGAAUAAGGAAAUUACUAUGGUUUAUUUCAAUCUCAAGAAAUGCCAUUACAGUUCUUAUUUGUUCCUUUGUAGCAUAUGGUCUCAGUGCCCAUGGUUUAACACCUUUCAGAUUGUCACGUAAAGUAGCACCUGGUCUUCCUCCAUUUGGACUACCACCAUUUUCUACAGUGUACAAUAACCAGACAAUAGGCUUUGUGGAGAUGUGUAAGGAACUUGGCUCUGCUACAAUUUUUGUUCCUGUGGUAGCAGUUCUUGCAAAUGUGGCAAUAGCUAAAGCUUUCUCAACUGGUGCACCACUUGAUGCAACGCAGGAAAUGUUUACACUGGGAUUGUGCAACAUUGCUGGCUCAUUUGUAAAGUCUAUGCCAGCAUGUGGUGCAUUCACAAGAAGUGCUGUCAGCAAUGCCAGUGGUGCACGAACACCUCUUGUAGGUUUAUAUUCAGGUACUAUUAUACUGCUGGCACUGACUUUCCUUACACCAUAUUUCCGAUAUAUACCAAGAGCAACCAUUGCAGCUGUUCUUAUAGCUGCUGUCAUGUUCAUGAUAGAAUUUCAUGCAAUUAUGCCAUUAUGGAGAUCAAAAAAAUGGGAUUUUUUUGUGAUGGUUGCUACAUUCUUCAUCAGUCUGAUGAGUGGAGUUGAAGUUGGAUUAAUUUCUGGCAUUGCUAUUGAUAUGGCACAUUUGUUAUUUCUGUGGGCAAGACCAACAAUAAACAUAAAUCGCCACAAGUUUUCCAAUGGUGAUGAGUACUUGCUGGUGAGCCCAGACAUGGGUCUGUAUUAUGCUGCUGUUGAGUAUCUGACAGCUGAGAUAAACACUGCUGCAAUGAGUGAUGGGGAAAGUCUGCUGCCAGUUGUGGUAGAUUUUGCCUCCAUUAAGGGAACCGACUAUUCUACAGCUAUGGGAAUAAAAAUACUUGUUGCUGAUUUUGAAAGAAGACGACAACCUUUAGUAUUUAUGAAUGUAAGGCCCAUUGUUCUUUUAACAUUUGGUGGAGCAAAUGUAGAAAUUAAACACUGUAAAAAUGAGGAAGAAGUCUUUGAUCUUCUAUAUGGUGAGAAAGAAUCAGGCAAAUCAGAAAAUCUACCGAUGUUAAGAGCGAAACUGGAAAUGGAUGAUUUGGUUACCAGCAAAGUUGACACCAAAAUUAAUGUUCCACCCGAACUGCCAGCAAGAAAAUUCUCUUAAACCAACACUCAUAGUGGCUAUUUAUUAACUCUAUUAAAUG